AUGCUGUUCAAAGCUGCUGUAAAUGUUGCCCUGGGCGUCGCACUCAUAUCAAGGGUCGUGACCGGCCAAGUCACAUCCACGACCACCACGACGAUUUCGUCUUGCAUUCCAGGUCUCAAGUGUGGUCAGACCAGCGUUGUUGGGCCGCAGACCUCCACCACCACAAUGACUGUCACUUCUUGCUCCCUCGGUGCGAAACCCGCCUGCUUUACUACGACUGAAACGGCGAAAGACAUCUCGACCAAGCCCUCGCAACUCUCUGUAUCGAGUACCAGUACGCUGGUGAGUGCGUUGAGCACUUCUACUCCUGCACAAUCAGCACCCUGGGAUGACUGGACUUCGACGCCAACGACUUCGACACCUGCCUCCAUCGUCUCUUCUUCUUCCAGCAACCCCUGGCUUGAUUGGUCCACAAUCACGAGCUCAACUGCGGACCCGCAUACCACUACUGUGGUUUCCUGGGCUGAUUGGGCACCUCUUACAAUCACGACAUCAACUCGCAAGGUCCAUACUAGCACGAUAGACGGAACUUGGUCGGACUGGGUGUCUUCAACGGUGACUGUUAAAAGUGACCCCACAAUCGACUGGGCAGAUUGGACCACCACAUCAGAAAUGAUGGUUGAAGCUACUUCCACGACAGAGAAUUGGCCAGAUUGGUUAUCCUUGACAACAGGAGUCGCUGCCAAGACGGACUCAACUUGGGAAGAGUGGGCAUCAUCUCUUUCGACCACAAAGAACCCUGCGGUGACCGCAACGACAAUGAACUCGUGGUCGGCAAUUAACGGUAUAAGCACAUCGAUGGGUUUCUCGACCCCGGUUUCAGCAGCGAGCACAUGGACCGAGGCUGAGUCCACCAACGCGGCUAUACCAUCCGUACAUAUUUACACCGGCAGCGCCUCGCCACGUGCUGUGCCAUUCGGGACCGGCCUGCAAAUCGUUACACUUGCUGUUAUUGCGCUUGUGGUAUCAGCUAUGGCGUAG